AUGAAAGACGGGGACGAUGCGCGCACGAAGGAUUGGGACGGAAACACGGGGAGCAUAUUGACCUUCACGGGUCUGUUUGCCGCGACGGUCGCGGCGUUCCUGAUUGAGAGCUAUCAGAAGCUCUCUCCCGAUUCAGGCGACCAGACUGUCGCUCUUCUCAACCAGUUGCUCCUAGCUACAACGAACUCGUCGUCUGGCAUUCCCGGAGAGCCCACACCAGCUGAACCAUUCCGCGCUGCUGUUCCCAUCGUCCUUGUCAAUGCUCUAUGGUUUUGCAGCCUCAUGACCGCCCUUGCAUGCGCUCUUCUAGCCACGCUCGUGCAACAGUGGUCCAGAGACUAUGUACGGGAUCUUCAAGAGAAAGAUACACUUGACGAGGAUAUGAUGAGUCGGGUUCUCAACCACGCCUACAUUAGGAUGGGUGUCGAUCGCUAUGGCAUGGAUAAAGUUGUCAAUAUGAUCGUUUCUCUUGUGCAUUUGGCUGUCAUUCUCUUUGCGGUGGGGCUGGUGCUAUUCCUCAUCCCCAUCAAUGAUAUUGUUCUGGGGAAUGAUGCCGAUUAG